AUGUCGGCAUUUCUCCCUGCCUUUCGACGGGUAGCCUUCCAGGCCCCGUCCAGGUUCUUUGUCUGCAACCAAUGCCUGCGGCAGACCCCCCGAGCAGCGCCCUCGUCGCGCAUCCUCAACGCCGCCCAGUCACGAUUCUUCGUCGCCAAUGCCACGGGGCCCGUGAAUACAUUGGCUGCCGAAGCCGCCGAAGCCGCCGCAAAGGCUUCUGCGCAGGCCAAAUACGUCUUUCCCAAGACCACCUCCAGAGCUGUCGGCUACUGGCUCAUUGGUAGCGCCGUCAGCGUCUUUGGCAUUGUUGUCUGGGGAGGCUUGACCAGGUUGACAGAGUCUGGCCUGAGCAUUACAGAGUGGAAACCUGUGACCGGAUCGAUGCCCCCGAGAUCCCAGCAAGACUGGGAAGCCGAAUUCGAACGGUACCGCGCCUCGCCCGAGUACAAGAUUCUCAACCCCCACAUGACCGUCGACGAGUUCAAAAAGAUUUACUUUAUGGAAUGGAGCCACCGACUCUGGGGCCGCGUCAUUGGCAUGAGCUUUAUCCUGCCGACCCUCUACUUCAUCGUCCGCCGCCGCGUCUCCGCCAAGAUGGCCGUCAACCUGCUCGGCAUCUCGUCCCUGAUUGGCUUCCAGGGCUUCAUUGGCUGGUGGAUGGUCAAGUCGGGCCUCAAGGACGACCUGUUCGCCGAGGGCUCGCACCCGCGCGUCUCGCAGUACCGCCUGACCGCGCACCUCGGCACCGCCUUCAUCUGCUACUCCUGGAUGCUCCUGUCGGGUCUGUCGGUGCUGCGCGCGCGCCGCAUGGCCGCCAACCCGCAGGCCGCCCUCGACGCCAUCAAGGCCGUCAGCAACCCCACCCUCGCCAACUUUCGCCGCACCGUCCUCGGCGUCACCGCGCUCAUCUUCGUCACCGCCAUGUCUGGUGCUCUGGUCGCCGGCCUCGACGCCGGUCUCAUCUACAACGAGUUCCCCAAGAUGGGCGUGGGCCUCACGCCGCCGGCCUCUGAGCUCUGGGACAAGUUUUACUCGCGCCGCGACGACAAGUCGGAUCUGUGGUGGCGCAACAUGCUCGAGAACCCCAGCACCGUGCAGAUGGACCACCGCAUCCUCGCCGUGAGCACCUUCUGCGCCAUUCUCUCCCUCUUUGUCUACUCUCGCCGCGGCCGUGUCGGUGCUGCUCUGCCCACCAACGCCAAGAAGGGUGCCCUUGGCCUAGUACAUCUCGUCUGUAUGCAGGUUGCGUUGGGCAUCACAACGCUCAUCUACAUGGUGCCCAUUCCUUUGGGCGCCGCCCACCAGGCCGGCAGUCUCGCUGUGCUGUCGGGUGCGCUGGUACUCGCUCACCGUCUUCACGUGCCCAAGUCUACAGUCCGCGCCUUGGAGCAAAAGCUCAAGCACAUGAGACCGCAAUAG